CCGGGAGCUGCCGAGAAGGGAGAGAUGGCUCCCGGGACACGUGUGAGCCCUCGGCGUUGCUGACGCCCCCAAUGUCGUCGAGCAGCCGGGGGCCGGGGGCCGGAGCGCGCCGACGCCGAACCCGCUGCCGCCGCUGCCGGGCCUGUGUGCGAACUGAGUGCGGGGACUGCCACUUCUGCCGAGACAUGAAGAAGUUCGGGGGGCCUGGGCGCAUGAAGCAGUCGUGCCUGCUCCGGCAGUGCACUGCCCCCGUGCUCCCACACACAGCUGUGUGCCUCUUGUGUGGGGAGGCUGGGAAGGAGGACACAGUGGAGGGAGAGGAAGAGAAAUUUGGUUUGAGCCUCAUGGAGUGUACAAUCUGCAAUGAGAUCGUCCACCCUGGCUGCCUGAAGAUGGGGAAGGCUGAGGGUGUCAUCAAUGCAGAAAUUCCGAACUGCUGGGAGUGCCCUCGCUGUACCCAGGAAGGCCGGACUAGCAAGGAUUCAGGUGAGGGACCAGGCCGCCGCAGGGCUGACAACGGCGAGGAGGGUGCCAGCCUGGGGAGUGGAUGGAAGCUGACGGAGGAGCCUCCACUUCCACCACCCCCGCCCAGGCGCAAGGGCCCCCUGCCUGCUGGGCACCCCCCAGAGGAUGUGCCUGGGCCCCCUAAAAGAAAGGAGAGGGAGGCAGGGAAUGAGCCCCCCACCCCAAGGAAAAAGGUGAAAGGAGGCCGUGAGAGGCACCUGAAGAAGAAACCAAAACCACCUUUGGCCUCUGCUGAGGGCCCAGCAGUGCCAUCCCCAUCACCACAGAGGGAGAAGCUAGAGCGUUUCAAGCGGAUGUGCCAGCUGCUAGAGCGGGUGCCUGACACCUCCUCAUCCUCCUCGGACUCAGACUCAGACUCCGACUCAUCAGGCACAUCGCUGAGUGAGGAUGAGGCCCCUGGUGAGGCCCGGAAUGGGCGACGGCCAGCCCGGGGCAGCUCAGGCGAGAAGGAGAACCGUGGGGGACGGCGGGCUGUACGCCCUGGCAGUGGGGGUCCCCUCCUCAGUUGGCCCUUAGGCCCUGCCCCGCCGCCUCGGCCCCCACAGCUGGAACGGCAUGUGGUACGGCCUCCACCUCGAAGUCCUGAGCCUGACACACUGCCUUUGGCUGCUGGAUCCGACCACCCUCUGCCUCGAGCCGCCUGGCUUCGUGUCUUCCAGCACCUCGGGCCCCGAGAGCUGUGCAUUUGCAUGCGAGUCUGCCGGACUUGGAGCCGCUGGUGCUAUGACAAGCGUCUGUGGCCUCGAAUGGAUCUGAGCCGGCGAAAGUCACUCACUCCACCGAUGCUUAGUGGUGUGGUUCGUCGCCAGCCCCGAGCCCUGGACCUCAGCUGGACAGGUGUCUCCAAAAAGCAGCUCAUGUGGCUUUUGAACCGACUGCAAGGCCUGCAGGAACUGGUGCUGUCUGGCUGCUCCUGGCUCUCUGUCUCUGCCCUGGGCUCCGCCCCACUGCCGGCCCUGCGACUCCUGGACCUGCGCUGGAUCGAGGAUGUUAAAGACUCCCAGCUCCGGGAGCUGCUGCUGCCUCCGCCUGACACCAAACCAGGGCAAACGGAGAGCCGUGGGCGGCUGCAGGGUGUAGCAGAGCUCCGCUUGGCAGGCCUGGAGCUGACAGAUGCCUCCCUGCGGCUCCUGCUGCGCCAUGCACCCCAGCUGAGUGCCCUGGACUUGAGCCACUGCGCCCACGUUGGGGACCCCAGCGUCCAUCUCCUCACAGCGCCCACCUCCCCACUCCGAGAGACCCUGGUACACCUCAAUCUCGCUGGUUGCCACCGCCUCACUGACCAUUGCCUUCCGCUGUUCCGCCGCUGCCCUCGCCUACGCCGUCUAGACCUGCGCUCCUGCCGCCAGCUCUCACCAGAAGCUUGUGCCCGGCUGGCAGCUGCUGGGCCCCCUGGCCCCUUCCGCUGCCCAGAGGAAAAGCUGCUUCUCAAGGACAGCUAGUUGGGUGCCCCCACCCUCCCCCAGGACUCAUCUGGAGCCUGGACCUCGGGCCUUCAUUUCACUCCUGCCAGGAGGCCAGGUUCCCCACCUCAUGACUUGGGAUUCCUGAGUUUUCUGACUUGGGAUUCCUGCCCAGGGACUUGAGCCAGCCUCCCCACUCUUUACCCCCUGCACUGAAAUUUCUGGGGGUCUCUCCUUCCCAUCUCCUCCCCUUUCCACCUGCUUCA